AUGCAAAACCCUUCAACAGUAACACAGGAAUCAGCAGCACCCGCUUUUGAUUUCUUCACACGGCUGACCGGUUUAGCCUCCAGAAACCGAUCUCCGUUUUCGAAUUCUGAUGGGUUUGCUCUCUCAACCUCCAAUGUCUUGUACUUCAACGGCUCCCGGACUUUACACGCCCAACGGAGGCGAAAAACCCUAGCUUCCCUGAGCUUGAACACUAAGAGCGGUGCCGGUUCGUGCCUGCGUAAGUUUAUCAGCGAUUUCAACAGCUUUAUUAGGUUUCACUGCAAUAAGGUGGUUCCGGAGACCUUCGACACCGUCGGAGGAGUCGGGUUGUCGAGCGACGAGAACGUGGUUAGGGAAGAUGGGUCCGGUGGGGUUUUGGGUGAGGAGGGCUUGCCAUUGAAUGUCGUCGAAACCGAUCGGCCGAAGAAAGUUUUGAUUUUGAUGAGUGAUACUGGUGGUGGUCACAGAGCCUCUGCGGAAGCCAUUAAAGCUGCUUUCUUUCAGGAGUAUGGUGAUGAGUACCAGGUGUCUAUUACGGAUUUGUGGACAGAUCAUACGCCCUGGCCGUUUAACCAGCUUCCCAGGAGCUAUAAUUUUCUGGUGAAACAUGGAACUCUGUGGAAAAUGACUUACUAUGGUACGGCUCCACGCGUUAUCCACCAGUCUAAUUUUGCAGCUACUUCGACUUUUAUUGCCAGGGAAAUAGCGCAAGGGUUGAUGAAGUAUCAACCAGACAUUAUAAUAAGUGUUCAUCCAUUGAUGCAACACGUCCCACUUCGUGUGUUAAGAUCAAAGGGGUUGCUUGAGAAGAUCGUCUUCACCACGGUUAUUACAGACUUGAGCACUUGCCAUCCCACGUGGUUUCAUAAGCUUGUGACAAGAUGUUAUUGCCCAUCAACAGAAGUGGCGAAAAGGGCACAAAAGGCCGGACUUGACACGUCGCAAAUCAAAGUUUACGGCCUUCCUGUUCGACCUUCCUUUGUCAAACCAGUUCGCCCAAAGGUUGAGCUAAAAAGGGAACUAGGGAUGGAUGAGAAUCUUCCAGCUGUUUUGUUAAUGGGCGGAGGAGAAGGAAUGGGUCCAAUCGAGGCAACAGCAAGAGCUCUUGGAGAUGCUUUGUAUGAUGAGAGCCUCGGUGAAGCAGUUGGUCAGGUUCUUAUUAUAUGUGGACGCAACAAGAAACUCCAAAACAGAUUAAGCUCCUUAGACUGGAAAGUCCCGGUCCAGGUUAAAGGAUUUAUAACGAAAAUGGAGGAAUGUAUGGGUGCUUGUGACUGCAUCAUAACAAAGGCUGGUCCGGGAACAAUAGCUGAAGCUAUGAUAAGAGGGCUACCGAUAAUAUUAAACGGCUACAUCGCUGGUCAAGAGGCAGGGAAUGUGCCGUAUGUGGUGAACAACGGAUGUGGGAAGUUCUCGAAAUCACCAAAAGAGAUAUCGAAGAUUGUAGCGGAUUGGUUCGGACCGGGGUCGAAACAGUUGGAGAUCAUGUCACAGAAUGCGUUGCGGCUGGCUAGACCGGAAGCAGUUUUCAAGAUAGUGCAAGAUAUGCACGAGCUUGUCCGACAGAGACAUUGUCUUCCUCAGCUAUCUUGCACUGCCUAA